UCGAGCGAACCUGAAUGUGAAUAAGGCACUGUGGAGUGAAUGUUGAAUUUCACAUCAGAGUGAAUGUGAUCUUUUUAUGAUCUCUCUAAAAUUAAUUACCGAACCACUCUAGCGAGUGAAUGUUAAUUUAGUGUCUACGAUUCAAGUUAAUGUUAAUCUAAUGAGUGUGAAUCUGAUUCAAGUGAAAGUGAAUCUAGUGAAUAUGAUCCGUUAAUUUACGGUGAAACUAAGCACACUGGUGUAAAAAUAAGUAAUCAUAACCAUGAAGAGAGUGAAAUUUAACCUUCAGACCGCCAAAUGUGGCCUGUGUCCUGAAUCGGAGAGGGACCCGCGUGGAGGGGUCUCGCCGACAGACGACCCAGAGGAGAAGGACUUGGUAUGCAAACCCGCCAGCGUCUAUUGUAAAACCUGUCGCGCAUUCGUCUGUGUCACAUGUCUACGUACCCACCGGAAGUUGGUCAUAACGGAAAACCACGUGAUCCUUAAUCGUGACCACGUACUUCUUGAUGAAACAAUCUCAAACGACAAAAGUGUAUCUGAGCGAGACGGCAAUCAAUCGACGACAAAAGUGAAUGAAACUCAAGAAGCAGGAAUUCUCAAGGAAAGUGUUGAGUCUAUAUUAGAAUACGAAAGACAAAGAUUGCAAGUUUUAAAAGAGUUGUCAAUGGGUCUUACAAAAGCAAAUAAGUUUGAAAGUGACCACGAAGAAAACAAUGCACAACUCACUGAAAUUGUAUUGGAUGACGAACCUGUGAAAAGAGAACAGGUUUUUAAUUUUUCAGAACUGUGUUCAGAACAUACCAUGCCAAUUAAACAUUUUUGUCAGUUUCAUAAACAACUUUGUUGUGAUGUUUGCAAAUUUGUGAAUCACAGGCUGUGUUCAACAAACGUGAAUUUUUUACCAAGUUUAAUCGAACGUGGGGAUGCUCUUAAAGCUCCGUUCAGAGAUAUAGAAGCACAGGUCAGAGAUUUUAAAGAAUACGAUAGAAAACUGCAAGGUGAUUUGAAGCAGUUACGGAAAUCUAAAGAUAUAUUUCUUCACGAUUUGAAGGAACAGAAACGCGAUAUUCUGAACUGGAUAAACCUCAUGGAGGUGAGAGCGAUAAGAAGACUGGAAAUUACUUUCGACAAAUGCAAGAGAGACAUUGAGGCGAAGAGAAGGAAAGCCAGGCAAGCGUGCGAGAGUCUCAGGGCUGAAAUAUAUUUUCUUAAAGAAAUCAUGACUGACAAUAGCCACGAGGACAUAUACAGGUUUAUUAAGAUCAAACGAGCGGAAAAUCACAUUGAGGAGAUAAGGAAGAAAAAAGAGCCACGAAAUCUUAUGGCCUCUAGGUUCAAACUGAAUUUGAAUAAGGAAUUUGACGAAAUAAAGAGAAAUGCUGAUCAAUUGUUUGAAAUUGGAAUUGAGAAGAAUGGUGAAACGAAAUACAACAUUCGAUUGAAAGAAGACGAAAAUGUGUCCAACAUUACCGGAUGUGACGUCAUGUCCUCUGGUGCGCUAGCCCUUGCGGACAGUAAUAACGCGAGGGUCAAAUUGUUCGAUUCGCAGAUAAAGCUUAUUGGACGGCUGUCCAUAUCGGGCGGCGUGUUUGAUUUGACAAGUAUCGGACCCAAUGCACUAGCCGUCACCUGUCCUUUGAAAGGAGCCAUUAACAUUGUUCAGAUACGACCGGAAAUGGAAAUUGUUAAGACACUGUCAACAGGAACAGGUACGUGUUGGGGCGUGAGGCACCACGAUGGUCUGUUCGUGGUUAAUUGCUCAGCAUCCGGUCGGUCCUUAAUUAGAGGGAUUGACAUCGAAUCGUCAAUUGUGUUCCAAAUUAAUACGAAAUGCAAUUUCUUUUCGGACAUUCAGUUUCCGGAUGAAGGCAUUCCUCGCAUUUUGAUUGCAUCUGUGACGUCAUACACAGAAGGAAACGAGACGGACGAGAUGCUAUUUUUCGACGAGUACCACGACCCACAGAGAUCUGAUGUUGUUGUAAGGGAAUAUAACUUGUUAAAGAGUUUGCACACGCGCGGUGUGACGUCAGAUCGCUUCGGUAAUAUUGUCGUCUGCUGUAAGGACGUGGACCAAAUUUAUACCAUUUCCGGUUCCGGUGGUGACGAGGCGGAGCUGCUUCUAGCGGAACCAGACGGCCUUGCUGCACCACAAGCGAUAUGCUACAAUCAGGACAAGACUCGCCUGUUUGUUACGUCAGAAAAUACGGAUUUUAUUCAAAUAUUCGAUUUUGAACGCUGAAACAUUAAGAUAGUAUUUAUGUUUGCGUACAAUAUUGGCUUAUUAUCUCAUUCUUAGCAGAGAACAAAAUCGUUGAACUAUUCAGACACAUAUAAAUGACACAUAUAAAUGAGCAUGGCGUGAUAUAUACAAUAAAAUAAAAGAAAUGCACAAUAACAUGUAACCAGUUUCUCUUGAAAUCUUGAAUCUUGAAAAUAAAAGACGUAUUUGCUUGUGUAACUGUUUUUAUGUCCGUGUAGGCU